CACGCAUUAACGAAUUUACAAUGAGAAUUCUCCAUCCUCUUUGAAACACUUUGUUUUCUCUUAACCUCUCUUCAUUCUUCUUCAUGCAUUCUCUCUUAUCAAUUCUCUGUUAAAGUUCCUUCCAUAUUUCUCUGUUUGUCUUGUUGUGGGAUUUUUUCCCUUGUGAUUGCAUCGGAGGGUGUUUAAAGUUUUGUGUUAAGUCCAUUGCUUCCAAUCCAGAUUUGAACUCUACCCACUUCCCAAUUCCCUGUUUUCCAGCCUAAUAAAUCAAGGGGGAAAAUGAAAAAGAAGGUUCUAAAUCUUUGAUUCAAAUCUGGGUUCUUCAUGUUGUUUGGUGGUUUUCUAGAACUGGGUUCUCUUCACUGGGGGCUUGCUGCAACUUUCCAGGGAGAAUUGGGUGUUAAAUUCAACAUCCAAGAAAGUAACUUUUUGAGUUAAGAUGGCGUUCAAAUCUAAGAUAAAAUGGGUUGCAUUAUUUGUAUUGACUCUAUCUUUGGCAUCUUUGGUUGCUCAUCUUUCAAUGACAAAGUUUUCAAGUAUGAAUUUAGUCCAGUAUAGUGCAAAAGAGGCUUUAAGCCAUGAUUUUCCUAAUAGUGGAUCACCAUUGAAGACUAGAAGAAAUAAGAGGCUAUGGGGUGCUGUGAGGUCUCUGGAGUCUUUGCAACCACAUGCAAACCCCAGAAGCAGCUAUCCUGUUCCAGAUGAAAACACUAAUGGUUUCAUCUAUGCAAAAAUUUUUGGUGGAUUCGAGAAGAUAAGAUCUUCGAUCUGUGAUCUUGUCACCAUAUCCAGGCUUCUAAAUGCUACUCUUGUAAUUCCAGAGAUACAACAAAGUACCCGCUCAAAAGGUGUCAGUUACAAAUUCAAGAGUUUUUCCUAUCUUUACGAUGAGGAGCAGUUUAUCAUGUUGCUUAAAAAUGACGUCAAUAUUGUAAAAAGCUUGCCUGAGUAUUUAAAGGCCGCGAGACGAAGGAGUGAGUUCCCUACUUUCAAGCCCAAAAAUUCUGCUUCUCCAAAUUUUUAUGUCAAAGAAGUUUUGCCAAACUUAAGGAAAGCAAAGGUUGUUGGGUUGAUUGUCACGGGUGGAGGGUGCCUGAAGUCAAUUCUUCCACCUAGUAUGUCCGAGUUUCAGAGGCUUAGAUGCAGGGUUGCUUUUCAUGCACUCCAGUUUCGUCCUGAAAUUCAGAUCCUUGGCCUCCGGAUGGUUGAGAGGCUACGAGCAUCGGGACAGCCUUUCCUAGCAUAUCAUCCGGGUUUAGUAAGAGACACCUUGGCGUAUCAUGGCUGUGCUGAACUUUUCCAGGAUGUUCAUACGGAACUUAUACAAUACCGAAGGGCACAGUUGAUCAAGCAAGGAAUCAUUAAUGAUGAACUAAGCGUUGACUCACACUCUCGAAGAGAAAAUGGUUCAUGUCCUCUCAUGCCUGAAGAGGUUGGGCUUCUUCUUCGUGCAAUGGGUUAUCCUUCUAAAACAAUUAUAUACCUGGCAGGAUCUAAAACUUUUGGUGGUCAACGUCUUCUGAUCCCUCUACGUGCAUUGUUUGGGAACCUAGUAGAUCGCACUACAUUGUGCAGCAAAACAGAGUUGUCAGACUUAGUCGGUCCUGAAGCACCUCUGCCUGCUGAUAUUUUCCGACUACCUCUUCCAAAAAGAGAACAGCAACUUAUAGACCAGUGGAAAAAGGCUGGUCCACGGCCCCGGCCUCUUCCUCCACCUCCUGAUAGGCCCAUAUACCAACAUGAAAAAGAAGGUUGGUAUGCUUGGAUUCUGGAGAAGGACAAAGAACCGGACCCUUCACCUAUGGAACAUAGGAUGCAAGCGCACAGGUUAAUUUGGGAUGCCCUAGAUUAUAUCGUCUCUGUGGAAGCAGAUGCUCUUUUUCCUGGUUUUAACAACGAUGGCAGUGGAUGGCCAGAUUUCUCAGGCUUGGUUAUAGGACAGAGGUUAUACGAGAGGGCUUCUUCUAGGACAUACCGACCAGAUAGGAAAACUAUUGCUGCACUUUUCAACAUUACGCGUGAUGAAAUGUACCAUCCGAAGCGUGAUUGGAUGUUAUCGGUUAAGGAACAUCUCAACAGAAGUUUGAGUGAAGAUGGUUUCUUCAGGCAAUCCCUGUUGUCGAAGCCUAACUCUUUUCUGUCGCAUCCACUUCCCGAAUGCUCUUGCAGAAUCCCUUCUGUUGAAACCACGAAACAAAUAAAAGGCAAAGAUGGCAGAAUUGUUUUUGGAGGUGAAGAGGAGUGCCCCAAAUGGAUGGAGUUGGCUAGGGCUGAAGGGGCUAGAAACGACGACAUGGAAUCAGCAGAAGAUGAUAAUGACACAGUUGAACAGCUAGAACCCGAUGCAGUUGAUGCCACAAGUAGCUUAACAUCGCUGAUUGAUCAUGAUGAAGAAUGGGAUCCAAAUGACUAACUGGUCACAGGAGAUGAUACAAACUCCUCCCUACAUCAUCAAAGGACUGAAUUCAGUUUCCGGUGAGUUGUUCUGCAAUGAAACUUUUCAUGUCACAAGGGUAGCAGCCAUUCUUUUAUUUCACAGCUUUUGAGAUAAAAUAAGUAGUCAAUUACUUUUGUCUUCAUUGAGUAGAUUCAUUCAAUCAAAUUCUCCAGGCACAAAGAAAAACCAGAGAGUUAUUUUAUAUGGUUUAUACAGUCAAAGUUUUCUAACAUUAGAAGAACAGUGGAAAGAAUUGCAGCCUUUAGCAUUAAAAUUGCCCUUCUUAUUAGUCUUCAUGGGAGAGAAACUGAAACUCUGCUGUAAAUCUGAGGUUCUGCAAUUUUUUUUUUUACUGUUACAUGUGUAAAUUUGCAUAGAGAAAGGAUUUCAAUGACAGUUUUGUAAUAGACCAUUCUGGUAUCAUGUGAUUUAUUCGAUUUUUUUUUAAUUC